UUGCCAGUCACCACCAGGAUAUUCCAACGAAUCUAAGGAAUUAUCAAUAGGAUCACCUCUGUGACAGAUAUUAGAUUACCUUGUCACUAUAACAGAAGGUGGGAGAAGUGAUCUGGUGACCAGAGGAUGUGGACCUGGUACAAAUUAUUAAUUUUCUCUUACCUCGUGACAGAAAUUUGGAUGGAAAAGCAAUUUGUCUCUCGGAGAGGUAUGACACUAGAAGCUUAUUCAACUUGGAACCACACCGAUUUGGAAAGGACAAGAUUUAAAAGAGCUCUUUACAAGGGGCAUUACUGUAGGACUCGUGGUUGUUGUGAAGACAGAAAUGAUGACUGCAUAAUUCAUUUCUAUGAGGCAAAUGCCAUGUGUUACUGUGAUAAAUUCUGUGAAAGGGAAAAUUCUGAUUGCUGUCCUGAUUACAAGUCCUUUUGCCAAGGAAACAAUCAGUAUCAAAAAGGUUGCCUCAGAGAUGGUCAACAUUAUGGAGAAGGAUCUGUAAUUAAAGAAAACUGCAAUAGCUGCACAUGCUCAGGCCAGCAGUGGCGAUGCUCCCAGCACGUAUGCCUUGUUCGCCCAGAAUUAAUUGAAAACAUCAAUACUAGAGAUUAUGGAUGGACGGCUCAUAAUUACAGUCAAUUUUGGGGAAUGACUUUAGAAGAAGGCUACAAAUUUCGUCUUGGCACCUUACCUCCUUCUCCUACACUUCUGAGCAUGAAUGAAAUGACAGUCACUUUACCUUCACAGACUGACCUGCCAGAGUUUUUUAUCUCCUCCUACAAGUGGCCUGGAUGGACUCAUGACCCAUUAGAUCAAAAAAAUUGUGCUGCAUCCUGGGCAUUUUCCACUGCAAGUGUGGCAGCUGAUCGAAUAGCAAUUCAGUCCAAGGGUCGCUACACAGACAAUCUCUCCCCUCAGAAUUUGAUCUCCUGCUGUGUCAAGAAUCGCCAUGGAUGCAAAGGAGGGAGCAUUGAUAGAGCUUGGUGGUACCUGAGAAAACGUGGGUUGGUAUCUCAUGCAUGCUACCCACUUUUUAAGGACCAAAUCUUCAACAAUAAUGGCUGUGACAUGGCAAGUCGAUCUGAUGGACGGGGGAAAAGGCAUGCCACAAAACCAUGUCCAAACAACAUAGAGAAAUCUAAUCGAAUAUACCAGUGUUCUCCUCCGUAUAGAGUGUCUUCCAAUGAAACUGAAAUAAUGAAAGAAAUCAUGCAGAAUGGGCCAGUACAAGCCAUAAUGCAAGUCCAUGAGGAUUUCUUCCAUUACAAAUCUGGGAUAUAUAGACACAUCAACAACCUAAAGGAUGAAUCAGAAAAAUAUCGAAAUUUACGUACUCAUGCAGUCAAACUCACUGGAUGGGGGGUACUCAGAGGAGCACAAGGAAAAAAAGAAAAAUUUUGGAUUGCUGCCAAUUCCUGGGGAAAGUCAUGGGGAGAGAAUGGUUAUUUCAGGAUUCUUCGUGGCGUGAACGAAUCUGACAUUGAAAAGUUGAUUAUCGCUGCUUGGGGCCAUUUGACGAGUUCAGAUGAACCAUAACAUAUCAUUAAAUUUGCAUGACGCCCUCCAUUUAAGUAAACCUCUUAAAAUGAGGUUUUUCAACUUCAAGUUCCCUGUAACAAUGGAAUGUAUAUGUCCUAAUCUGUGAUUAACUUUUACCUCCUUUUUGGGGGGAGGGUUAAGGGAUUAGCUCAGCAUUAUAAUGCUGCUUUCUUUAUUUCACUGAUUUAUACAAAAAACACUACUAUAGCACAGCAGUAGUAUAAGCUACACAAAAGUUUUUUUAAAGUGUCUCAAUCUCUUCUUCCUUCUUCUUUAUUGUUAGGAUGUUUAAUUGUUCACUGUCUGUGAUAGGACAUCAUUUUUCAGCCUCAAUUGCUCAAAUGAUGAGCACACCCAUUUGCAAAUUUCAUCUCUUCAAUAGUGGAAGUCUCAAGAACAGAAAAAAAAUGGAAAAGUUAUCCUAAACUUUUCUAUCUGUCAUUUUAAAAAAAAUAAUAUUUUCCUCAGUGCAAAUGUGACCCAUGUGCCACCAAAAACAAUAAAAUUAGAUUUUUUUUUUUGUUUCUCACAAUAGUUUGGCAGGUAUCUCUCCUCCUUUGGAAAUGGCAGAUAUUUAUUCUAACCUAUUCCUGACUUACAUGUCAUGGUCAUCACCAGUAAAAUACAAACAUAGGAAAAAACAGCUUCUGUGACUUUUUACAUACAGAACAUUAUAGGAAAUGAAUGCCAUGCAAUACAAAAAUUCAGAGGUCUAGGAAGAUAAAGCUUACUCUCACCUGUCUUAAAAGCCACUAAUCAUUAUUUGAAGCCUGUUAAAAAUCAGCUACAAACUGCAAUUGGAAAGAUUUUUUUUUCCUCCUGAAAACAGCAACAUGAUGCCAUGAGUAUGAAAGAAUAAAUAUCCCUUUAUCACAAUCAUUUCACAGUUCGCUGCUUGAGUUUCUGAAAAGUAAGCUCAAUUGGCACUAAUUUGCAUCUAAUCUUGAUUUCAGUUUUCAACAGUAAUAGACACAAAAAUAGCCUCAUCAUAAUCACUGGGCAGGGAGAUAAUCUCCUAAUAAUUUACUGGUAUCUUAAAAUGGCAAACUAAUAAAUGAAGAUACAAAGUUGAUCAUUACACAAAUUACAAUGGUGAAUUGCAGUAAAAUGGGUGGAGGUCGAGGGAGAAGUUAAGCAUUGAUAUGGUGCCGAAUUCUUGGAUAUCCAGGUGUUUGAUGCUUAGAAUUUAAUAUUUUGGAGCUCAAUUCUUAUAUAGGGUUAAAAUUCCACUAUUAGACUGAUGAAGACUGAUUUUGAUCAGGAUGUUGAGGAUCUAAGAUGUCUAACAGUGUUUUGCAAGAAAUAUGGCAUAGAAAAAAGAGCAUUAGAUUUAGGAGACUUGAGUGCUAACCUAGAAUCUGUAACCGACCUCACAUUAUUAAUUUGAUUGAGCCAUGAUAAUCACUUUAACUUUAAGGAGUCCUAGAUUUUUUUAAACUAGAAAAAAAUAUAAAGUAAGUGAUUCUUAAGCCCCUUUACAAUCUAAUAUUUGACAGUUCUAAGAUAAUUAAUCUUGAAGAGUUCACUACAGUGCCUUGGCAUUCUGUGAAUUCUAUGGAACUAUUGCAAUGACAUACACAUGUAUGAAUCUUGACUCUACCAAAUAAUUUCUCCCAUUUGGCUUCAUAAAGCAAUAAAUAAUGAGGUUUCAUGAUAAAAAAAACAAAAAACAAAAGAAAAUUCAAAAAGAAACCUUGGAGAACUAUUUUCUAAAAGAAGACUUAAUAACUCCCUAAGCAAAAGUUCUAUUCACAGAAUUGAAAUAUAUUAAGGUAUAAGUAACCCAGGAGCCAAACAAUAUAAUCAAGGCUUGAUGAACCAUCUCUUCCAUAACAUAUUAACUCAUGCUGUACUUACAUCCACAAAAAUCCACCAGAUUUUUUCAUACCAACUGCUCUCUGUCCAUGUCUCUUUCAUCUUGUAUUUGUGAAGCUGACAUUUAAUCUGUGUGAGAAUUUAUAUUUAUCCCUAUUAAGUUACAUUUUACUAGAUUUGGCCACAUGUUCUAGCCUCUGUUAAUCUUCCCCAAAUUAUUCCCUAUGAUGUUUUCAGAUCCUGCUCCUAGAUUCCGUAUUCUUUUAAUAUACAAAGCUGCUCCACACCUUUUUACCUAUUCUGCUGUUUCUUUUUAAUUAAUUAUGUGCUAACAAGGCCAUAGUACAGUCCUGGAUCCUAUCCCAAAAAAGUCACAGUAAUAGCUUUGAUGUUAAAGUUGUCUUCUUAUAAGAGCAUUUUAUUAUUUGUUACCCAUGAUCAAUAUAUCUAAGUACAGAAAUUUGACACUUUUUGAUUGGUCCUUUUGUAGAUUUUUAUCAACUAUGAUUUUUUACAUCUCUUCAGAUAUACUUCUUACAUUGUUGUGGUAAUCUAAUUUGUUGGGAAUACAUAAGUUAAUUUUAUGUCACUGCUUCCCUCUACUUUGUUUUUAAAGCCCUGUUGAUUAUAUUUGCAUGACUCUUAGAAAGACAUUUUUUACCAGUCCUUGUUAGCUGUCCUAGUCCUAGUUAGUCACACAUCAUCUUCUAAAACAGCUAUUUACUUCACUAUUUACUCAACACCACAAAAUGUAUAUGAAAUAAGCUAUGCAACUUCUACAAAAGUUUAAAAAAACUUGGUGUUAAAUUUAUUUUAUUACCUUCCUUGAUGAUACAAGUUAUAGUCUACACUGGAAUCAUAUGAUAGCUUUUGUUCCAUAAAAAUCUUGAUGUUAAGUUUAGGUAAACUUUUCCCCUACCAUUCAAGAGGAGCAAUAAUUAAGAUUUCAAAAAUAAUUUUCUUUCUGGGUAAUAAUAAUAUAAAAGAUAUAUACUCAUGAAACCACAGAGUGUGCAAGAUAGUUUGCUAAAAAAGUAUAAUUUUUCUUGAACAAAUUAAGGAAAUCAUUGAAUUGGAAUGGAACUUUGGAUCAUAUAUAUUAUUAUAUAAAUUAACUUACUUUAUGUGUGUUUGAGGUAGACUGGAGUUAUGGAUUGUGGAAUAGUUUGAAAAUUUUAUUGGCUAAUAUUUUGAAGGGAAUGGGAUUGGGUUUCUGAAGAAUGAGAGACAGGUACUAAAAGGACUGGGGAAAAAGGAGAGUACAACUAUAAACAAUUGUAGCAAAAACCUGAGGAGGAUAUAGAGAACUUUAAAGGCAGAAAGGUGGCCCCUGGAUGAUAGUAGCAAAAGGAGGGUAUUAAGUGCUAUUCCCUCCAGGCUUAGAAAGUGCAUGAGAAGUUGGUCCCAGUCUUUGAGAGAUUUAGUGUCUUCAGGAGAAGCACUAGGAGAUAGAAGAGAGGAGAGAACAUAUUGAAAAGUAGUUAAUACCAGUUCCAAAAGGCUCAGUGGCGAGAGAAAGCAGUUGAUAACACCAAAUGACUGAGCUGGGCAAGGAAAAAUUUAGUCGGGGGGAAGAUUUUUGCUGAGGCAAAAGGCUUUUCUGAAUUAAAAGGCAUGGAAAAGCAAGGUUUGCAUGGAGAGCAAAGAGAAGCUAAAUCAGGUCCCGGAUUCUAAUUAAGAUAGUCUGAAAAUCACACUGUAAAAUUUCAUGUGAUCUCUCAGCUAGUUAUAGCAGAAUUGGAGUGUGGUGGACUGCUUGACAGAAAUCAUACCUCCUGCUAUCAUAAUCCUUGGCAACCAUUUCUUGUGUGUUUAUUCUCAUGAAAGUCAGUGUGCUUGGUGCUAGACAAACCAAGGGAAGGUGUGAGAGACUGCAUCUAUCUCUGCGUUACCAUGGUUUUUGAUCCUUCUACUCCUUAGUGACAUGGGCCAUCAGUUCAUUUGAAGCAACAAGAGAAAUUUGCUCUGGUAGGAAAGUGCCUUGGGGAAAGGGUGGUAAUAGGUGUGAAACUCCAGGAAGUGGCAGCCAAGGAUGAGCAAAGGAAAAGAAUCUGGAAAGCAUCUAAUAUUUACUGUGUAACUUGCUGCAUUUAUUCCCUGCUAGUUUGGGGUCUGGUUCUAAAUUGAGAAGUCACAGUUGAAGUUGCCUCCCUUUUUUUUUCCUCUUAUUAUGUUGAAAUCAUUAUUGUUGACUGCGAGAUUUUUCAUUUAAUCUGACCAUUCUGAGUAAUUUCUGAUCCUAGACAGGGAUAUUUUUUUCCAGAUAUUAAUAAUCCUACAUGAAGAAAAAACAGAGCAGACCUUCCUUACUAACAAAAAUCAUUCUUUUUAUUGUAUACUUCUUGAGUUCCACUGUCUUUUGCUUUUUUUUAUUUCACUAGCUUAUCACAGUACCUAUCACAUAGUAGAUAUUUAAUGCUAGUUGACUCCAUUUAUUCAUUUGUAAAAUGAACUUAAUAAUACUCAGAAUAAAUAUUUCUUCCACAAUAUGAUUGUUAUAAAAGAAAAAAAGAUCAAUAAACAACCUUUUAAA